AUGUUUUCACGGGGCGGUCCACGUCGCGGAGGACGUCCAAAAAAGCCACACCAUGGAGUGGGGGAGAACGUUUGGCCGUUCGGUCUCAUUGAAAACCGUCGGCUUUUCAAAACCGUGAAAUCGACCGAACGUAAAAGUGUGUUGAUGAAAAUGUUUCCGAUACAGAACAUCGCAGAUCAGCACCAAUACUUUACAUUUCCCGAUUACCACCAUCACCAAUCAUGCAUACAUCAGAGACUUUUCCAUCCGUAUUUUUCACCGAUUUGGUUACCUUUUCACCUGAAGAUUCAUUCGCCGAGACCUGAAAAACCGCCGUAUUCGUACAUUGCAUUAAUCGCAAUGGCCAUUGGUUCUUCGCCAAAACAAAGAUUGACGUUGAGCGGAAUUUACAGAUUUAUCAUGGAUAAUUUUCCGUACUAUAGAGAAAAUAAACAGGGAUGGCAGAAUUCUAUUAGACACAAUUUGAGUUUGAAUGAUUGUUUUGUAAAAAUUGCAAGGGAGAAAGUGUCACCGAGCUCAUCGGAUGCAGGGGGAAAGGGAAGUUAUUGGAUGUUGGAUCCUAAAGCGGCGAAUAUGUUUGAAAAAGGAAAUUAUCGUAGAAGGAAAACUAGACGACAGAAAAUUAAUGAAGGAAAUAAUAUGUAUCAGGAUCAUGCUUUAUCGUUGGUUAAAAGAUCAGCACAAUCCGAAUCAACUAUUAUUGAACAAACAAUGGUCACACCGGUAAACCAUCGACAUAAAAACUCUAGUUUAUUUACCAUAGAGAACCUUAUAAAAUCAACUAACGAUAGCAAUAAACUAGAUUAAAUAAAUA